ACCAACAUGAUCUUAAACCGUCUGCCGGCCGCAUUCAGCACUUUGAAGGGAUGUGGUCGCGUGCCGGAGUCGUGCUUGCAUCCACUUCUAUAGGAGCAGCUUCAGCAAAAAGGUACUUUUACGCACUGAUCUUGGACCGUGAGUAAAAAAAGGGGGUGAGGGGGGGCUUGGUCGUUUUUUUUUUUUUUUUUGAACUUGUUAAUUAGAGAAUGCAAGACGGGGUUAUGUUUCACCCAAAUGAUGGCGGUGGACGCGCCUAACACAACGAGCUUACGAUAAUCGAUCGUGUUCACAAAGGAUGCGCAUUUUACGCAGCAGGUUCUUUGAAGGAUUUACCUUCGGGAUCGCUUUCCCGGUUGUGGGACGCUGACGCCGUUUAGCACAAAGGCAAGAUUGAAGUGGAGACGAUGAGCGAAAACUGCAAAACGCAGCAGAGCCCGCCGUCGGACGUGUUGGAGCUGAACGUGGGCGGGCAGGUGUACUACACGCGUCACGGCACCUUGACCGCCUUCCCUAAUUCCCUUCUCGGCAAGUUGUUCUCUAAUAAGAAGGGCUCCUCCAACGACCUGUCCCGGGACUUUAGAGGACGCUAUUUCAUCGACAGGGAUGGCUUUUUGUUCCGGUACGUGUUGGAUUAUCUGAGGGACAAGCAGGUCGUCCUCCCGGACCACUUCCCCGAGAGAGGGAGGUUGAAACGAGAAGCGGACUACUUCCAGCUGCCGGAUUUGGCCAAACUUUUAUCGUCCGAGGAGUCCAAACUCCUUCCAGACGACCACAGCGAUUUGGACGAGGCGUCCACGCAGGGGAGCGAGCAGCGGUAUCAUCCCUCCUACUCCCCGGACAGGAGGUACGGAUACAUCACCGUGUCCCUCAAGGGCCCGAGCGCGGCCAAAGAAGGCGACUGCGACCCCUGCAGGGCGAGGAAGUUGCCGAGGAUCUUCAUCAGCAGCAGGGUCGCUCUGGCCAAGGAGGUGUUCGGGGACGCGCUCAACGAGAACAGGGACGCGGACCGACCUCUGGACCGCUACACCUGCAGGUUUCACCUCAACUUCAAGCACCUGGAGAAGGCUUUUGACAUGCUGUCCGAGAGCGGCUUUCACGUCGUGGCCUGCAACUCCUCCCUGACGUCCUCCUCCACGGGGAAGUACACGGACGACAGGCUCUGGUCCAACUAUGCGCAGUACAUCUUCUACCGCGGGCCCUCCCGGUGGUCCUCCUCACACUGCGACUGCUGCUGCAAGAGCCACAAAAGCGAGCGCGAGGGAGAAAGCGGCACCUCCUUCAACGAGCUCUCCACCUCCUGCUCCGAGACCCAGUCGGAGGCCAGCUCCCCUCAGGGCACCGUCAUCCGCGGCCCCGUGACCAGACACCCCAACAUCCAGUCCCUGGACCGGCCCGUGCACAAGGGGCCGGCGCACACCCCGCAGCAGGCGGAGAUGCGGCGCAAGACCGACAUGCUGCGCGUCAGGACCUUCGGCGUGCGCGAGCGAGAGGCCGCCAAGAGGAAAGCCAACAAGGAGAAGAUGACUCCGGAGCAGGAGCUGCACAAGUGCAUCCAGGACUUCCAUCGCAUCCGGAUCCCCGACCGCUUCCCGGAGAGGAAGUACAUGUGGCAGUCGGAGCUCCUGAGGAAAUAUCGUCUCUAACUUGCACCCACCAGGGCACACCUUGUACUACUCAACUAGAAGUGGGAGCUCACUUCCCGCCAUGUGGAGGUGGAAGUGAUCCCUCCCUGUUGACACAUUCAUGUAUGUCUGCACCUCCCGCUGGAGACUGGGACCCACACGCACCCUUCGUAGCGAGCACUAUUUUUAGCCAUUUUCUGCAGGGUGGUGUGCACAGCAAGUACCAGGCGCUGUGGAGUCAUGGAUUAAGGUUCUGUACCGCCGUGUGGGACCUGCAGGCGUGUACAAUCAGGUUACUCCUGUCGGGGCUUAAAUCACCCACCUCUCCACUUUGGAGGCCGUCCGAAGCAACAAAAGCGACCUCAGGGGCGAUGUCAUGUACAAACUCUGUUUCCAUGUGAGUGGGGAAAUUGUGUUAGAUGUAAAUAUAAACAGAAUACAAUGAUUUGUAAAUCCUUUUCAAGCCAUAUUCAGUUGAAUAUGCUACAAAGACAACAUAUUUGAGGUUUUUGCAAAUAAUCAUUAACUUUAGAAUUUGAUGCCAGCAACACAUGACAAAGAAGUUGGGAAAAAGUGGCAAUAGAUACUGAUAAAGUUGAGGAAUGCUCAUCAAACACUUAUUUGGAACAUCCCACAGGGAUUAGGGUUAGGGUUAACCCCUAACCCUAACCCUAACCCUACCAACCAUAGCUCGGUUGGUAGAGCGGCCGUGCCAGCAAUUUGAGGGUUGCAGGUUCAAUUCCCGCUUCUGCCAUCCUAGUCACUGCCGUUGUGUCCUUGGGCAAGACACUUUACCCACCUGCUCCCAGUGCCACCCACACUGGUUUAAAAAAUGUAACUUAGAUAUUGGGUUUCACUAUGUAAAGCGCUUUGAGUCACUAGAGAAAAGCGCUUUAUAAAUAUAAUUCACUUCACAGUUCAGGUGUGCAGGCUAAUUGGGAACAGGUGGGUGCCAUGAUUGGCUAUAAAAGCAGCUUCCAUGAAAUGCUCAGUGAUUCACAAACAAGGAUGGGGUGAGGGUCACCACUUUGCAAGCAAAUUGUCGAACAGUUUUAGAACAAAAUUUCUCAACGAGCUAUUGCAAGGAAUUUAGAAAUUUGUCCAUCUACGGUCCGUAAUACCGUCAAAAGGUUCAAGGAAUCUGGAGAAAUCACUGCACAUCAGCAAUGAUAUUACGAACCUUUGAUCCCUCAGGCGGUACUGCAUCAAAAACCGACAUCAGUGUGUAAAGGAUAUCACCACAUGGGCUCAGGAACACUUCACAAAACCACUGUCAGUAACUACAGUUGGUUGCUACAUCUGUAAGGGCAAGUUAAAACUCUACUAUGCAAAGCAAAACCCAUUCAUCAACAACACCCAGAAACGCCGCUGGCUUGGCUGGGCCCAAAAUUAUCUAAGAUGGACUGAUGCAAAGAGGAAAAGUGUUCUGUUGUCUGACAACUCCACAUUUCUAAUUAUAUAUUUGGACUCUGUGGACGUGGUGUCCUCCGGAACAAAGAGGAAAAUAACCAUCCGGAUUGUUAUAGGCGCAAAGUUGAAAAGCCAGCAUCUGUGAUUGUAUGGGGAUGGAUGAGGAGUUACCCUUGCUUUGGGUAACCGUAAGUUACCCAAGGCAAGGGUAACUUACACAUCUGUGGAGGCACCAUUAAUGCUGAAAGGUACAUACAUGUUUUGGAGCAACAUAUGUUAUCAUCCAAGCAAUGUUAAAAUGGACGCCCCUGCUUAUUUCAGCAAGACAAUGCCAAGUCACUUGUUACAACAGCGUGGUUUCAUAGUAAAAGAGUGCGGGUACUUUCCUGGCCCGCCUGCAGUCCAGACCUGUCCCUCAUCGAAAAUGUGUAGCGCAUUAUAAAACAUAAAUAGGACAGCGGAGACCCCGGACUGUUGAAGGACUGAAGCUCUACAUAAAACAAGAAUGGGAAAGAAUUCCACUUUCAAAGCUUCAACAAUUAGUUUCCUCAGUUCCCAAACGUUUAUUGAGUGUUGUUAAAAGAAAAGGUGAUGUAACACAGUGGUGAACAUGCCCUUUCCCAACUACUUUGGCACGUGUUGCAGCCAUGAAAUUCUAAGUUAAUUAUUAUUUGCAAAAAAAAAAUAAAGUUUAUAAGUGUGAACAUGAAAUAUGUUGUCUUUGUAGCAUAUUCAACUGAAUAUGGCUUGAAAAGGAUUUGCAAAUCAUUGUAUUCUGUUUAUAUUUACAUCUAACACCAUUUCCCAACUCAUAUGGAAACGGGGUUGGUACAAUCUCGGGGGCGGUGCUGCGAGUUCACAAAGACGUCACUAUCCUCCACCAAUAACACUCUCGUUGUACGCUUUGACUGCAUGUCAUGUCACCUUUGUCAUAAUUAUGCAAUAUCACACCAUGGGACGGCGAACGCACUGCCUCUUGUCUCUUUUGCCAUUCUAGAAACUUCCGUCUCAUGUCAUUGUGUGUUGGACUGAUGAUGUCGUGUAUGUAACGCAAGUGGACUAAUCUUGGAUGUUCGUGUGCAAAUAAAAGGCUGAC